AUGAGACGAGGCAGCAUGAAAACUACGGUUAUGUUCGGCGUAAAGAUAGUGCUAGUCCUUAUUUUGACAAGUUUUACUGAAAAGACGGACGCUACACCUCCAGAUGUGUUCAUAAACGAAACCCUUCUUAAAUGCAUCCCAGAGGAUAUUCAAGGAUUAAAGGAGUAUAAAAUCAGCGUGCACGAAUAUCAUUAUAAAGGCUAUUUCCUCCCUGUAGUUACUGAUUUAUACAAAUUCAACAUCACAGAAAUUGCUUCAAAAGAGCCAAAUGAUCGGUUCGAACUCUCUUACUAUUCAGAUAUUGAUGGACAGAAUGUUGGUACAAUUGAUAAAACACAGAACGACCACGAUCUGCUUACCACGACCUGGUCUUCUGUGCCCUUGGUUUCUGGACGUCUUUACUUGUUAACAUUCAUUCGUAAGUUAUCGCUGAAAGAACAUAGUAUGACAUUUCGAUGUGUCAACCAUUCGCUUAAUUCGGCGUCACCAUGGAAAGAGAUGAAAAAUCAUACUAUAAGAUUCACAGAAUCCAGCAGCAAUAAGAGCAGAUCCCUUCUUGGAGAAUGGGGCGCCUGGUCGUCGUGUAGUGAAAGCUGUGGUAACGGUACAAAAGUUCGUCAGCGUCUUUGCUCCAAUGAUACCCUGAAUCUCGUAGGAAAGAUGGAUGUGCCUACGACUUCAAGUGAAGCUACUACAUGCCAGCAAAACGUCUCUUGCACAGGUGUUGCGUACUUCAUCGGUCCAAAAGGCACAACCUGUCAUGACAAAUGCAAUCAAGAAGGAAGGAUCUGUGCUAAAUAUGGUCAUGAUUUCCCUCCCACUGAUGCUAAAGGUGUUUUUGAAGCGCUAGGAAUCACCUGUACUUCCACCAAAGAUGAACGUGCAGAGGUGUCUGCUUUACUUCAAUAUUCAGACGAUUCACAAGUAGUCUGCAUGCGGUUUAAGAUGAUUGAAGAAAAGCUGUUUUCUUGUGAAAAAACACAUCAAAAUCGUAUUUGCCCCUGUGCACCUAAACCAGUUCCCCCAAUAAUUGGGAAGAUAAUGCAUUUUGAUCAUCCAAGACGAUUAGAUAUCCCUUUGUCAAAGCCUCAGACCCCCCGCUGGCAGUAUUACGAGUCAUUCACAGCGACGGCAUUCGAUUUGAAUGGAACUCUAGUUGUAAGGUCAAAAACAAUAAAAAAGAAUGAAUAUUGGGUUGUGCAUAACAACCUUCAACCAUUGACCAACUAUUGUAUUAAGGCAUAUACAACAUCCUCAAAUGGAGAUGGUGACUAUACGGCUUCCUGUGUGUAUUCCGACACAAGAGAUGUUCCUUCCCAGGCACCAACAAACCUAUCAGCCCAUUUGGUGAACGCUACCCAAAUAAGUGCUUCAUGGAACCCCAUCAACAUGUCAUACCCAGUUAUGUAUGGAAUGCCAUUUAAGUACUAUCGAGUUUACGCUGUUCAAUAUGGAACUAAUAAGCAACAGUUACAAAAAACAUCUCAGACAUCCGCCAUGAUUUCAAACCUAUUGUACUAUACGACGUACUGUAUCAAAGUGGCGGCCUACAGUACAUUGGGAAGAGGGAAAUUAACUGAUGGUUGUCUGGUCAAUGUAACAACGAUGGGCGGAGUUCCCAAGUCGUUUCCCAGCCCUGUGUCGAUACUCAACGUUUCUGGUGACUCAAUUGACGUGUCGUGGGAAAGACCAUCUCUCGACAAACUUGGCGACAAUGAAACUGAAUUUAAAUUAUACAUCAACCACAGUUUAGCUAUUUUAAAUGCAUCAAAUGCAUUCAAUACAUCCAUAACUUCCAAUACAAACUGGUCUUUCAUCAAUCUUCAACCAAUGACAUCGUAUGUUAUUAUGAUCUCGGCUGUCAAUCAACAUGGUGAGGGGCCUCGAAGUGAUUGGUAUAAUGUAACGACCAGAGAGAAUGCUCCUCUGUCAUACCCGGCAGUGUUUCAAAUAACUAGCGUUACAUCAUGGUCUGCCAUUUUGAACUGGAGUAGCAUACCUCCUGACAGUAACCAUGCUGGGCCAGUCUCAGGCUAUUUUAUAUAUCGCAUUAAAUGCAUUAGCGUUGGAGUGGAGAGUUCUGAGCUUAUUCAAGUAGAUGGCGCAAGUACCUUGAAAUAUAAAGACUCUUCUUUGUCACUAUUCACAUGCUAUAGGUUUAGCAUAGCGGGCUUCAACGAAGGGGGUACUGGACCCAAGUCCAACUGGAUAACCGCUACUACUUUGGAAGAAGUUCCAAGCUGGUACCCAUUAAAACUUACGUCUCAAGAGCUAAGCAAGACAGCAGUCAACAUGUCUUGGGGAGAUGUACCAGAACAGUCGCAACAUGGCAUAAUUCUUGGCUAUACCUUAUGCAUAUGGAACGAGAAAACGUYAUUAUGUGAUGAACAUUUAUGGUUUUGUAACAAAACACACUAUGACGUCAUUUCUAUGACUUCUGGUGUCUCGUAUUGUUUUAAAGUUGCUGCUUUCACCUCAGUUGGCUUAGGACCUCGAAGYCCUUGUGUUAAUGUAACGACAAGAACAGCUCCAACUGCACCACCUUCAAAUGUCACUGCUUACAACACAAGCUCAACAUCUAUUCGCAUUGAAUGGAAUGCAGUACCAGAACGUCAUCGACAUGGCACUAUUAUUGAAUACCUCGUAACGAUUACUCAGUCGAAUAUAAACUACACUUACAAAUCGAUAAAUCAAAGUCUAGAUGUACAUAACCUCACUGCAUACACUGUAUAUAAUAUCACUGUCCAAGCCAUCAACGGUGAGGGACCAGGCAUGUCAAGCCCUAGCAUUAUGGUUUGGACAGAUGAAGGUGUUCCGUCGUUGGCUCUUUCUUCGUUUAAAGUAGUUGGUAAAGGAGCAACGGCGAUUAAAUUUUCCUGGACUGGAAUCCCUGACUCCAAGAUAAAUGGUGUAUUGAAAGGGUACAAGUUCUACGUAAGAAAGUGUGGUUCAUCUAAUGAAAGUGUUAGGACUUACAACACAAGUAGUCAAAUUAGCGGGAUUUCAAUUGUUGAUUUGAGACCCAUGACGUGCUACAAUGUCAGCGCAGCACAAUUUACCGGGAAAGGGCCUGGGAAGCGAAGUGAAUGGGACAAUGGAAAUACAACUGAAUCAGUUCCGUCUGAGUCUCCAGAGAACAUUGCAGCAUACAAUACGAGCUCGACGUCAAUUAAUAUAACAUGGGGACAAGUUCCUGAAGAUGAUCGCAAUGGUAUUGUAAUUGGCUUCAAAGUGGUACUAGUGAAUGGUGAAUCUAACAUUACCAUCUCAACAACCGUCGUAGAUGUUUUAACUAAGCAUCUGGAAGUCACAAACCUAGAGUAUUACACGUUGUAUUGUGUUCGGGUUUUAGCUUUUACUAGAGUAGGGAAUGGUACCUUGAGUCCUUGUGUCAUGGUCUUUACUGAAGAAGACGUCCCAUCCACACCACCAAUGUCAAUCACCUUAAAUACUUCCUCUACUACGAGUAUAGCUGUUACCUGGCAACCUGUGCCUGUGGAGCAUCGCAAUGGAAUUGUCACAGAGUAUAAUAUCCAGCAUCAAAUUUGCGACAAUCUUAACUCCACCACAGAUGUUAGCGCUCCUCAAGAUGCAACCAUGUUAUCAGUUCCUGUCAGACCGUACACCUGUUACAAGUUGCGCGUGUGUGCCGUGACAAAGAUUGGUCCCGGUGUCUAUAGCGACUGGUUUAGCAUCACAACACCACAAGACAGACCAGGAAAUGUCCCGCAAAACAUCGCAACUGAAGCCAAUUCUUCCACAUCAAUCGCCGUAACAUGGAACGAUGUCCCCCCUGUCGAUCAAAAUGGGAUUAUUAUGGGAUACCAAGUGCAGUAUACAGACGAUUCCAACACCGUAGUCAUCGUGAACACUACAGCAAAGGGCUAUUACCUUAAGAACCUACAAAAGUUUACAGUGUAUUGUGUUCAAGUGUUGGCGUUUACUAUUGUUGGGGAGGGUAACUGGAGUUCAUGUGUGAAUCAAAGAACGAACGCUGAUUUACCAGAAGGACCAAUGUCGCAACCGACUGGACAAAACCUCAGCACCACAGCCAUUACUUUGUCAUGGCAGAAACCAGACAAUAAAACCCUUAACGGUCUUCUACGUGGGUUUGCUAUUUCCAUUUACCGUUAUUGGUAUUCCGGGGGAAUGGUGACYACACCUGUACGUACAGUUCUUACGUGUGCUGACAGCACUUCCAAGGUGAUCGACAAUCUAUAUGAAGGAGUCAAGUUCUGUCUUGUUAUCAGUGCAUUCACAGAUGUUGGACAGGGACAGCCGAGUAACUGUUCUCAUAUAACGACUAAUGAAGACGUUCCAUCUGCUCCGCCAAGGGAUAUUGAAGUCUUUGCAACAAGCUCAACGUCUCUGCUAGUUUCCUGGAGAAUUAUCGAUUGGAGUGAGCGCAAUGGCGUACUUCAAGGUUUCACACUUGUGGUGCGACCAACAGGCAUAGCAACUACUGCACCUGCUACAACACCACCAACAACAGACGAACCUGCUACAACACCGGCAACAACAGACGAACCUGCGACAACAUUACCAAUAGCAGCGGUGCCAAUUGUAAUAUCACCAAGAAGAAAGCGUCGAGAUUUGGAUUUUUUACCAUUAGAGACUGCCAACACUAGAAAACGCAGACAUCGUCGCAGUGUAAACCCUACUGACAUUGUUAUCAACAUCGUUGAUCCUGGUAUGCAGUCUUACGAGGUCAAAAACCUGGAAAAGGGUGUUGAAUACUGCAUCAUCAUGUACGGCAGAACUGCAGUUGGUGAUGGAGUGAAAUCAAACUGUCAAAACCGGAAAACUCCCUUGAAGGACGAAAUCAUACCUACUGUCAAAGCUCAAGCAUCUGCUACGAGUAUCAAUGUUUCUCUUAACAUCACUGACUUCGAGAACCUACGAAGUACCGGGUAUUUGCAAUACUAUGACUUACAGUUUACAGUGCUUCGAGUAAAUGGGAACCCUGUUCUGGAUAAAGACGUCAUCAAGAGAACCUUCAACGCCUCCACACAGCAUUUUACUCUCGAUAAUUUCAAUAUUUACACGACAUACAGCUUGCAACUUUCUUUGGUAACAAGGAGGGGAAGUGGGAGUCUUACAGAUCCAGUCUACGUCGAAACAUGUCGUUGCCCUUCCACAUUCUACACUAACUGGUUCCUCAGCCCACCAUUCACAAACCUAAACUCUGGCUCUCAACCUGGCGGUAUCUUACCCAUCAUCCUCGAGUACAUUAUCGACGCCGCCUGUGGACGCUGUGAGUUCAGCCAUGAAACAUCAUCCGUGGAGUUUUUUAAUGAUGUUAAAGGCAAAAGAACCAAUUUCAAAGCCAAUAAAACAUUGGCCCUUGGCGACAUUAACCGCAAAAUCGAUAUAACGUUUCCUAUCAAUAGCAAGAAUGAGGGCAAGUACAAAGGGACGUACGUACCCAUUUUGAACGUCCCUGCAUUGCUGCUCAUCAAAAGAAACGAGUCUUCACUUGAUAAAUACGCCAAGGUUGUAGCAGGAUCGAUACUUGAUAUAUGGCCCGUCAUUGUCAUUAAUAUCGCCUUAAUGUUCCUGGCGGGAGCUAUUAUUUGGACCAUAGAGAGGGCGAGUAACAGUGAUCAAUUUCCAACGAAAACAGCGAAAGGUUUAUUUGAGGGGACAUGGUGGUCUUUCAUUACCAUGACAACUAUCGGAUAUGGUGAUCGCUACCCUGUCACUGUUCCUGUUUGUUUUCCUACAGUACUGUCUUUCCCAAAUGUCGAAGAGUUGGUUUAUGCGUUGAAGGAACAAGAGAUUGACUCUAUUGUCCUUGACCACUACACCGUCAAAUGGAAGAAAAAUCUUUUUAAUGGUACUUGGUUUAAAUACAGCGAUACCGUCGGUUCUUCAUUCUCGUACGGAGUUCUUCUCAAUGGAAAUGCUGAAAAGCUUGAAAGACAUUUUCGAGAGUAUAUUUCAGCUAACAUUUCACAGAUAAUGCAACUAGCUGGCAUACUGGAUACGAUUUACAUUGCUGACAAGAAYCAGACUCAAGAGGAAGAGGAAACAGCUGAAAGGAUUGUAAUCACAAAAGAAUCACUCAAUUUCUUGAGUCCAGACAGUACAAUCUUCACUGAUACUAUGUUGGCAAUGGGACUGGCUUUGUUGGCGAUAUUUUURGCUGGGAUUUACUAUCAUGUCACGAUUUAYCGUAAGCGAGAGCAAGCAAAUGAAAUCUUGAGAGAGAAAUACAGAGAGUAUCUUGAGAUGAUUCAAUCCGAACUCCACGAGUUCCAUUCCAAAUUUUGUUUAAUGAAUGCAAAUUUACGAAAAAAACUUAUUGAGAGUUUACAAACGGUUGAACGCAAGGCAAGUAGCCCUGAGCCCGAGAAGACAGAGGUCAUGCCAAUCCAGUAUCACAGAAGGUUAAGCGAGUGUACAUCAGAAUCAGAGUUGUGAGAGUGUWUACAUUUCACUGCAGUUGGACGAGGACGUGAAACAAAGCUCCCUGCGAAAAAAAAAGGAACACUUAAGCCGUUCGAGUCACAAGUGCGAUGACGAUCCCAUUUUCUUUCUAUUUUUUUUACUACGAUUCUAACUCUGCUUCUGAUUCCUAUUCAAACUAUCUCUAGUUUUCACCUGGCGGUUGUGACUCCGUUCACUUGAUGUGGAAACUUUAUAAUAGGAUUUUAUUAGAUGAUGCGAUUGCUCACCUGAUAUAGUCGGUCCUAUAUGCAUACUUUUAACAUUUAAUAACACACGGGGAGUACAAAUAAAGAGAUAUUGCACUGUUUUUCUAUGAA